GCCUCUUCUGUACCUUCAUUUGAUUUUCGCUUUAUACUUGAAAUGUACCUUCAAUUAUGUAUAAGUAGCUUUGCAUUCAUGCAUGCAUGCAUCUACUCAUGGACUAUCGUCCUCCAUAGACUCUCUUUCCGUUGGCGUAUUGACUAUUGAGAGGUGGAAGCUGUGGAACGUGUUGAUUUGAAUCGGAUUUGGCAUCAUUGCCAGUUACCAUUUCGUGUUGAAACCUACGGAUUGGAAGAACAAAUCCCGUACAGCGUUCAAAUUAUAGAUUUUUAUGCAUGGAUGUUUAUACGAACAAGUGUGACGAUGUGCGAAACUACAUUCGGUGUUAAUGCGUAUUACUAUGAGCCUGGCACUGGAAGGAAAUUUCGUUCGCUGGUAUCUGUACAGAAACAUCUAAUGGAAGGGACAAGAGAAACUAAGAGAGUGAAAUCUGAAAAAAAACCAGUGCAGGCUGCAACUCAAACCAGGGGAUGUACCUUUGGAUUACCAGAUAAUUGGAUAGUUGAGGAGAAGCGACGUAAAUAUGUUGGAGUCACGGAUAGGACUUAUAUUGAGUCUGAGACAGGGCAGCGGUUCCGUUCAUUGCUAGCUGUUCAGAGAUAUCUAGGUGAAGACAAUGGAUUCACAGCCACAGCUAAGGUGUCAAAUGCAAACAAAUUUCUGGCAGCUGGAAAAAUACUGCCAUUUUCAAAGCAUGGAAGUGAAAAGCAAAGCGCUUCUGGUGAGAACUGUAGUGCUGAAGCUGUUGGUAAGCAUUCUAAAGUUGCUGAAGAAGAUGAAAUUUAUCUGAAAUCAUUGAAACUUAAAUCUAAGAACUAUAAGAAGCCUGGUUCCUUCAAGAAAACCGGUUUGGAUAAGGACAACAAGGCUUCCAUGGUUGACUUAUCCUGUCCGCCAGCAAAAGUGGAGUGGGUUCUGUCUGGUGACAGGGGCUUCUGGACUCCUUUCCUGGAUGGUUCCAAAGUUCCAGAAUCUGUAAAGCAGAAAUGGUCUGAUGCAUUCGUGUCAUACAUCCAAGAUGGAGAUGCUAACGAACCGAGAUGUUGAGGACUCACUAACGGGCAUCACACAUGGUAACAGAGGCAGCGUAAAGGUGAAAGAGGAGACGUCAGUGCUUAUUGGAGACCGUAGUUUGACGUAAUGUGGCUUUAAGUUGCAAUGCCUUGUUGCAUACUGUAUGUCUCGUAUCCCAUCUGCUGCUUGGAUUCAUGAAUGGCGAGCUUGAUCGCUGACUAAAACGAUGUAAUUUUAUCACAUUGGAGUUAAAUGAAGUCAUAGCAACUGUUCACACGUCUUAAACAGAAUGAUUUUUUCUCA